UAAAAAGUUCCAAUGUUCUUCUCUUUUUUUUUUUUAUCUUUUCGGUAUAACGCCUAUGCAUGUUGCUCUCAGGUAGUAUUUUCGAGAAUCUUCAAUAUCAAUCCUCUUAAGAUGAAGAUCGGCCCUAGGUAUGCCAUUUGGUACAAUGUGAAUCUCUCAUGCUUCUCGUCACCUCUGCCUUCUACCCCAAACACCGUUCAUCAAAACACCACCCCUUGCUAUGACGCCUCCACUGAUGCUUGCUCAUAUUAGACUGAUGUUACACUGUUACACUUGAAGAUCACCAUCUUAGAUGUCAAUCACAACCUUCAAUGCCUGAUGAUGAGACGCGGCGUGGAAAGUGCCGUACGCUUUGACCGCGUCGUGGAAUGAGAACGCUAGAUAAGUAUACCGUCAAUGUUCUACCUAUUGGCGCGUGGGAUAGCUGGAAACCCCCCCCCCCCCCCCACUGGAAUGCGGGG